AUGGCCUAUUCGAGAAAAGAAUGGAGCGAUUGUGUCGGAUUUCUGAGAAGAUCGGUUGAGGAUUUCAACUACUACAAUGAUGAGAUCAUGUGGUGUCGAGAAAUGUGCGAGAAGAAAUUCCCGUCAAAUACAAAUGCGAUUGGGAUGGCGUUCACGCAUCUGACCGCACAACGAGCACUUUGUUUAUUCAGAUGUAAACGCGAUCGUCUUACAGAAGAGCGCCCGUCCACAAAGCGACAUCUUUUAUGGUACGAAAUGGAGGAAAGAGAGCCAUAUCGAUAUUUAUCGAUAUGUUAUUGGAAUCUGAAAGACCUCAAAAAUGCCGUGAAAGCCGCGUACACGUAUUUGGUGAGAAAUCCGGAACAUCAAGAAACCAUUGAAAAUUUACAGUUUUACAUGAAACAAGAGGGAUUUGAAGAAGAGAUGCUCGAUGAUUUCCAGAGAAAAGAAUAUGAGAACCUAUACAUGAGCGGGGUGUCAGCCUAUCAUCAAAACGAUUGGUGGAGUUGCAUUGAUCGAUUGGAGAGAUCAUUCGAAAAGGUAUUGCGAGAAGAGGAAUUGUGUCGAAUGGAUUGUAAAGAUAAAAUUGAUUGGAGUUCGGUCGAGGGGACACUCGAAAUCGAUAUUAUUCAAACAAGCAUGAAAGCAUCGGUUCUCCGUUGUGAAAGUCAAUGUUUCGAGAGAUUAUCCUGGGUUAACGGACACAAAGUUCGGAAUAUCAUCGCUUCACAUUUCGAGUACAUUCACAUUUGUCAAUACAAUUUGAUGCGUGGAACGGAUGCGUGUACUUCUGUGGCAAAUUAUCUUCUUUUCGAUGAUUCUCCAUUGAUGAGAAGAAAUCGUUUUGCCUAUAAUCGUCAAUAUAAAAAAGCCGACCUUUUCACACCGGAUCCGAAGAUUCUCGCAUUGUACAAGAGAUCGGUUUUGGAGAAACGGCUACUCGAAUACAUUGAUAAAGAGUUUCGAGUAUCGAAGGCGAGUCAGUUGGCUCCGGAAAGUUCGAAAGAUCGAGAGAAAUGGAGUGAAGAGAUCGACUCGACAGACUAUUUCCCUUAUGAUAAAGUCGAGAGGUUGUUGACCGAUGGAGAGUGUAAAGUCCUUCGUGCCCCAAUUCGAACGAAAAUCACGGAUCUUCUAUUAGACGAACUAUCGACCCGUCAGAAAUUAACUGAAUGUACUCUUUGUGAGGACCUACUAAUUGGAAAGCCACAAUCCAUCACGGCUUUGCCGGCC